AACAAAUGUCAAAACUGUCAAACCAGUGUGAUAAAUCAAAAUCAAUAAACUAGGGAAAGAGCCAACUGAAAUGAAAAUGGUAUUGAAUACCAUAUUCAAGUUUCUCACUUUAAACAGUUGCAAAUUCCGCUGAAUCUGUAAACAUGUUGAAUCUUCUAGUUGGUAUACUUCUCUUAUUCUUGAGCCAGAAAGCAUCUAGUCAUUGUAUUGAUAUACAUUCCCAAGUUGUGGCUCAAGGAUUGCAUUAUGUCCCAGGGCCUAACACUUGUAACCUAUGUAUCUGUGAUAAGGGUAGCCCAAAAUGGUGCAAAUCUGUUUUGUGUAAACACCCAGAGAACUGCAAAUCUUUCCAAAUCGGAAAUUCUUGUUGUGAAUUCAAAUGUCUCGAUGAUAUACUAACGAAUGAUGGCUACAAAGAUACAUACGACCUUGCUUUACGUUUGAUUGCAAGUGCAUUUACUGCUCUUCUGUCACUUUCCAUAUUGUUUCUGCUGUAUCAUCGAUUGAGAAGACGAAAGAUAAGACUUCGCCAAACAAGACCUUCUAAUGAAGAUCAAAGGAGCUUGAACAGCAUAGGCUACAUCACAGGUGGAUUUGGAUAUCAUCCUGCCAGUUAUGGCUACCUUGGAUCUGGAAGUAAUGAUCUUGAGUACCCAUAUGAACCCAAUACUCAGUUUUCUCUGUGGAAACCACCAGGUAACUAUUUCCCCAGAGGAGAAGCUCCUCCACCAUAUGAGGAAGCAGUGAGACUUUCUCAACUGGAACAUGACAAUGCUACUAGUAUUGUAUUACCCUCAACAACCCCAAGUGUUUCUAAUCCGAAUCAAGCUAGCAAUCUGACAUAUUCCAUAAGUACAGCACACCCUGUAGCAAAUCCGGCCCAGUAUCAAAAUGGUUGUUGUGUACUUCUUACAAGAAAUGAAGGAUCUUCUAGCGAAAAUAAUAAAGAACAUUUCAAUUCUCAAUCAUCGUCCUCAACCUCUCAAAGUUCGACUGAUAAAUCACAUUCAGAAUCCAGAAGUGAACAUCACAGCAGCAACAACAUGAAAAAGAUAAGUAACUUAUCUAGACCCAGUACAUCAGAGGGUAGCAAACAGAAAUCGAAGUCAUUUGAGAAUAUCUGCGAGAGAGAAAGGGGUGGCAACCAAGCCUCCAUGCCAACUAGCUCGGACGCUAAAAAUCACAUUUACGCAAAUCAGAAGAUUGAUCCUGUACUACACAGGCAAAAGUUUGAAGAAGACAGUCAGAGGAUUGCUGCCGCCACUGCUGCAGCUAACAAUACUCUGAUUAGGAGAUAUGUUGCAAAGGAUAACAGACAUCGGACAAUUUCAAAAACAUUCCAGAAUAAGAUUAAGGUUCCCAUGAAUACCAUGGAAACUGUAGUGAUGGAGCCAAAAAGAAUAUCCAUGUCUCAGUUAACUAGGGACCUGUCAAGUCAUCGAACCCUACCUGCAAAUUUGAAAGAGAUAAGUAUUGCCUGUAGCUCGGAACAGCUGCCUGAAAAGACAGUAAGGGAACUGUCAAUUUAUAAGGACAUACCAGCAGAGAGGCCAUCACCCAAAGACGCUACAAUUUACAAGAAUCAAUUGCCUGAAGUAUCUAAUAACAGAGAACUAUCUAUUUAUCGUGAAAAAUCUGAACGAGCAUCAAGCAGCAAAGAUUCUAACACUGCUAAACAUGGCUACAAAAAAGAUACUGAAACAAAUUGCAAGACUUUAACAAAAAGCAGCAAUUGGAGCACAAUUUACAUUCCAAGUAGCUCAAAGACUCCAAUAUUGGACAAGAUUUGUCAGCUCAAAGAAAGUUUACCUUCGACUGCCGUAGAAACCAAAGAUAUCAAACAGUAUUACAAAGCACACAUUCCAGAACCGGAAAACUCAUAUCAGUGUUUAACAUCUUCUCAGGAUGAUGAUGAGGACUACAGAAGUGAAUGUGAAAACUGCAAAUUUGCAGGCAUAGCACAGGGAGAGGAAGAGAUACCGGAAACCAUGACCCUUCAGAGAAGACCCUUAGAGUUAGAGGAAGAAAUGUCUUAUUAUCGUACUUCCCUAACAUUGCCGACUCACUCUAAAAAGCCCAGCAGGAUUUUAAAUGCCAAACCUGAGAGAGAAAGUUGGUUCCUGACAAUGGAUGAAUAUUCAAGUAGUGACGAUUCGGCAUAAUUCUGUUUAUUUUCAUAUUUUAUUAUUACUGUUAUAUUUUGAUAUAAUUUAUUUACUGUAAAAUACGUUGAUUCUUCAAUGACUUAAUUAAUGUCAUAUAUAAUUGAAUCAUUAUUGAGUGUGAAAAAUGUAAUGAAUGUACUUAUGUGGAUUAUGAUAAACAUAUGAUUCUACUGAA